CACCACCCCCUCUCCCUCCCUCACCUCGCCUCAGCUCACGGCCUCACCCAUCCACCCACCCACCCGCCUCGCCUCCAUCCACAGCGACCACGCCCCUCCCAUCUUCGCUCUCUCCGCUCACCUCCACUUCCCCGUCCCCGCCCCGGUCUCCGUCCUUGACACGGGCGCGCACCCGUCCGCCUCCGACUGACCGGAGCCGACUCGACCUUGUUCAGGAGGGAGGGAGAGCCCGAACCGCGGCGGGGCGGGAGGGCUCCUUUUAGUUUGCCCCGCCGGAGGGCCAGCCGCCCCAUGGGCCGGUCGCCUGAGCGCGCUACGUAUCAGCUCAUCGACCGGCGGAAAGGGCUUGGGUAAAUCAUUGUUGAACGCAUCUCUCUUGUACAUGUAACAUUGCAUGUAAUUUCUGUUAAGAUGAGUUCACUAAAUAAAGUUGUUUCAAAUAGUGGAGAUGCGUGUUCAGUGUUACCUAGUAAAGUCACAUCAUUAAAUCCCAAUGCAGCCGAGUUUGUACCUUCAUUUGUUAAACCAUCUCUUGGAAGUACUACAGUUCCAGAUGUAACUAAGUCAGAUUUUAGGGUUUCUUCUGGAAAAACAAUCCUAGAUAGGUCCGAGUCAUCAAAGUCUAAUAACUCGGAUGAUGAGGCACACCAGUUUUGGCGUAAGCAGCUACCCGAUGACAUUAUUCCAGACUUCACUUCUUUUGAGAAAGUUGAACAAGGGCCUGAAGAACUGUCCCUUGUUGGAUUGUCCUUGAAUGCACCCCCCUUUUAUGGGACAACAUCCAGUCGCUUCUCAAGAGAACAUCACGAAUUAUCUUCUCCAGCUACCAAGGGCCUGGAACUGGAACAUACGAAUCUGCUGUAUGAAGAUAAUUAUCUGGGUUCAACCAACUGGGAGCAAAAUUAUAUUGGUGAUCUUCAUAUUGCUAAUGGAAAUCAGGACCUUCAUUAUGAUUCUGAAACUGGUGUAAGCUUUGCUGAUAGUUUUGCUAGUGAGUAUGCUGCCUCAUCAGAUGGCCUUGUUGCUCCCCUGGAGUACUUAGCAUCUCAGUUCCCUGGAUUUUCAGCAGAGAGCCUUGCAGAGCUGUACUACGCAAAUGGGUGUGAUUUCAACCAUACCAUUGAAAUCCUCACCCAGCUAGAGAUGCAAGUUGAUGCUACACCCAAUCACACACUGAGUCUGGCCCACAGCACACCAAACUUUAGCACUGGGGAUUUCCCUGCACUUCCAGGUGUCGAGAACCAAAAUGGUUUCAGUAAGGGUAACGUGGAUGUACUUGGCAUGUUUAAUGGGCGUGGUUCAUCUGCAAUGCCUACUGGAGCUGGUGAUUUUGUUUCAGCUGUUCGCAAACUUGCGUCGCAGAAUUCUGGCCAGUGGAAGUUUAAAAAAGGUCCUGAAUAUGGUAAUGGUGUUUCAGCUCUUUCUGUACCCAAACAGUACAGUUCUAGCACUAAGCAAUCAUCUGGGAAUAAGUUUCAAAGUAUCAGCAGUGCAAGAGUUGCCCCAUGGCUUGAGACUGGCGAUGCAGUGGCAAAUAUGUACUCAGAAUCAAGAGGAGAAGCUCGUGAUUUUGCUAGGGUCCGAAAUGCGUGCUUCGAGCAGGCUAGACAGGCUUACUUGGUUGGCAACAAGGCUCUUGCGAAGGAACUCAGCAUGAAGGGGCAGGCAUACAAUGCGCAAAUGAAAUCAGCUCAUGAGAAAGCUAGAGAAGCUAUUUACCGACAAAGGAAUCCUGUUUCUUCCCAACGUGGGGGUGACCGCCUGAUUGAUUUACAUGGGUUGCAUGUGAAUGAAGCAAUCCACAUCCUGAAGGGUGAGCUCACUGCCUUGAAGAGCGCAGCGAGGGCAGCAGGGGAGAGGAUGCAAGUCAUGGUUUGCGUUGGAACGGGCCACCACACCAAGGGCUCUCGCACUGCGAGGUUGCCUAUAGCUGUGGAGCAGUUCCUCCUGGAUGAAGGCCUCCAGUACACGCAGCCACAGGCGGGUCUGCUCCGAGUGAUGGUGUACUAACAUCAACAAAAAAAAAAGGAGAAAAGAGAUGUACGAAAACACAAAAAAAAGCGUCGUUGGAGCACGCACUGUAAUUCCUUGUAGCUGUAUAUUAAAAGAGGCAGCAGGAGAAUAGCCUGACAACAGAAUACAGUGUAAAAUUAUACAUAGCUUCAUUCAAUUCACAUUCCUUUUCCAUCGGUC